GGUCGAGUCGGAGCCGCGGGGGUCGCGGAGCGGAGCGGAGCGGGAACGGCGGCGGCGGCGGCGGAGGCGGCGGCGGGAUGUUCAGCUGGAUGGGGCGGCAGGCGGGCGGGCGCGAGCGCGCGGGCGGCGCGGACGCCGUGCAGACGGUGACGGGCGGCCUGCGCUCGCUCUACCUGCGCAAGGUGCUGCCUCUGGAGGAGGCGUACCGCUUCCACGAGUUCCACUCGCCCGCGCUGGAGGAGGCCGACUUCGAGAACAAGCCCAUGAUCCUGCUGGUGGGCCAGUACAGCACCGGCAAGACCACCUUCAUCAGGUACUUACUGGAGCAAGACUUCCCAGGCAUGAGGAUCGGCCCUGAGCCCACCACCGACUCCUUCAUCGCCGUCAUGUACGGGGAGAGCGAGGGCAGCACCCCCGGGAACGCUCUUGUCGUGGACCCUAAAAAGCCAUUUCGGAAACUGAGUCGCUUUGGAAAUGCGUUCCUGAAUCGGUUCAUGUGCUCCCAGCUGCCCAAUCAGGUCCUGAAGAGCAUCAGCAUCAUCGACAGCCCCGGCAUCCUGUCAGGGGAGAAGCAGCGCAUCAGCCGAGGGUAUGACUUCUGCCAGGUCCUGCAGUGGUUUGCGGAGCGGGUGGACAGGAUCAUCCUGCUCUUCGACGCGCACAAGCUGGACAUCUCAGACGAGUUCUCCGAGGCCAUCAAGGCCUUCCGGGGCCAGGAUGACAAGAUCCGCGUGGUGCUGAACAAGGCCGACCAGGUGGACACGCAGCAGCUCAUGCGGGUCUACGGAGCCCUCAUGUGGUCGCUGGGCAAAGUCAUCAACACGCCCGAAGUCCUGCGCGUCUACAUCGGCUCCUUCUGGGCGCAGCCCCUGCAGAACACCGACAACCGCCGGCUCUUCGAGGCCGAGGCCCAGGACCUCUUCAGAGACAUCCAGAGCCUGCCCCAGAAGGCGGCCGUGCGCAAACUCAACGACCUCAUCAAGCGAGCGAGGCUGGCCAAGGUGCAUGCCUAUAUCAUCAGCUACCUGAAGAAAGAGAUGCCUAAUGUGUUUGGAAAGGAAAACAAGAAGCGGGAACUUAUCAGCAGGCUGCCGGAAAUCUACAUCCAGCUGCAGCGAGAAUACCAGAUCUCCGCCGGGGACUUCCCUGAGGUCAAGGCCAUGCAGGAGCAGCUGGAGAACUACGACUUCACCAAGUUCCACUCGCUGAAGCCCAAGCUGAUCGAGGCCGUGGACAACAUGCUGAGCCACAAGAUCGCGUCCCUCAUGAGCCUCAUCAGCCAGGAGGAGAUGAGCACGCCCACGCAGCUGGUGCAGGGCGGCGCCUUCGACGGCACCGCCGAGGGCCCCUUCAACCAGGGCUACGGGGAGGGCGCCAAGGAGGGCGCCGACGACGAGGAGUGGGUGGUGGCCAAGGACAAGCCCGUCUACGACGAGCUCUUCUACACGCUGUCCCCCGUCAACGGCAAGAUCUCGGGGGUCAACGCCAAGAGGGAGAUGGUGACCUCCAAGCUGCCCAACAGCGUGCUGGGCAAGAUCUGGAAGCUGGCCGACUGCGACUGCGACGGCAUGCUGGACGAGGAGGAGUUCGCGCUGGCCAAGCACCUCAUCAAGAUCAAGCUGGACGGCUACGAGCUGCCCCCCAGCCUGCCGCCGCACCUGGUGCCCCCGUCUCACAGGAAGUCCCUGUCGAAGGCCGACUGAGGGGGGCGGGGGGGGCGCGGCCCGCAGCCUGCUCUGCCACCGGCUCGCUGCGUGGUGUCUCAGCUCCGUGCCUCAGCUUCCCCCGCUGUGGAAUUUGGAGGGCGUAUCUUAGACACCCGAUGAGCCCCUUUCGCCUCUAAACUCCCCGAAUUUCUGUGCAAGUCCUAGGAGGGAAGGACGGUUGCAAGUUUCGAGAAGAAAGGGAAAUUAGCCAAAGAACACUCACAAGCCUGGAGACGCGGGGCGGGUGGGCACGGGGUGGGUG